UGCAAAUAGUUUCUUGACCACAACUGGGGAAAACCAUGAGCAAAAUCAUCAUAUUGGUAUGUCUUCUUGCAAUACAACUGCAUAAAGGCAUCUUCUGGAACAGUGCUGGAAAUGAAUUCAUCACUGCAUUCAUGGAGAAUACUCUUUCACUUGGCUUUGGCACUGAGCUUAGGCUGGUAAUCACUGCCCUCAGUCCUUCAACAUCUGUUAAUGUCAGCAUUUACAAUACAUCCUUUAAUGUUAUUCUCAGUCUUGAGGAAAACGAAUCAAAACCGGUUUUUAUUCCUGCUUCUGCCGAACUCACUGGCAGUUUGAUAUUUUCUAACAGAAUCAUAGUGGUGACAUCUGACAAGCUCAUUACAAUACUUUCCAUCAACAACAAAUUUGACACAGCAGAUUCUAGUAACAUUUUUCCAGUGGAUAGCCUUGAUACAGAUUACUAUGUUUUUUCUCCAAGGUAUAAAUCAGGAAUGUCACAGUUUGCAGUUAUCAACUACAAUCAAACCAACAUAAUUCUCAUUACACUUAGUGGUGAUGUCACUUACAAUGGACAAAAUUACCAAUCAGGAGAUAAUAUAACUGUGGUGUUGUCUGCAUUUGAGGCCUUUCAACUACAAAGUAGCAUUAGUUUAACUGGUACUAGAAUUCAGUCAGAGUAUCCUAUUGCAGUACUCUCUGGAAACAGCAGGGAUUACUAUACCAACCCUGGCAGCUAUGAUUACUUGUUUGAGCAAUUGCUUCCAGUAAAGGAAUGGGGAAGGAUGUUCAUGGUAUCUUCUUUUGCUUUUCAGAAUUAUUUUGAUAUUGUUACUGUUAUUGCUUCAGAAAGAACAGAGAUAUAUUACAAUAAUGGGGCAAUGUCUGGCAACAUAAGUCUUCAACAAGCAGAACACACAGAAAUCAACCUAGCUUCAUCCUCUUCUUUAAUUAUCAAGUCAACAAAAGCAGUCAUGGUAAUGUAUACCUUCACUGGGGGUUUAAUACAUGCCUUUAUUGGCUUUCCAUUUAUAAUGAACAUCAUACCAGUUGAAUCAUUUUCUCAUACUUAUGUUAUCAGUGCAACAAAUCUGACAGCCAGCUAUAUCCGUAUUAUUGCUAAAGAACCAGUGUUAUCUGGAAUCCUGAAGGAAAAUGGUCUGUCAAACAACCAGUUAAUGAACUUUGUGAAUCUGACAGAAUACGCUUGGGCAGAUGUUGCACUUGGUGCCAUUAAUGAAACCAUAGUUAUGAAAUACUGCUUACCAUUUGGAGCCUACAUCUAUGACCGAAUUAGGUUCAUAGACAUCGGAACAACUGCUCUGGCAGUAAAUGGAAAGCCAUCUUUCCUAGAUCAGCCAUCAUGUGAAACUGCUGAUGUGACAGUCCGUUCUAUGACAAAUGGAUCAGUUUUUGUUAACUGGACUAAGGAUGUCUGUCUGUACAGCUACAUACUCACACUCACAAAAUCUGAUAACACAGCUGUCAUGGAGGAGAAAGUGGUUCAAGGAUCUUCUGUAGUGUUUGGUGGACCGUAUGCUAGUUCUGACUACAAUUUAACAUUUCAGGCUGUGAUUGAAGAUAAGAAAUGUCUUCCUCUUUCAAAGCAAUUUACACAUUUUGACUUCUCUUGGAGCAGUGCUGGAACAGAGUUCAUUACAGCAUUUGUACAGAACAAUGAUAACUCAAAUUUAGAUGUUUCCCACUUGGUAAUCACUGCCCUCAGUCCAUCGACAUCUGUUCAGGUCAUCAUAUAUAACACAAGUUUUGAAGCUGCCCUCACACUUGGAGAAGGAGAAACAUCAUUUGUCAACAUCCCUGCCUUUGCAGAACUCCAUGGUACCAUAUUUUCUUCUAACAACACCGUAAUUGUAAGAUCUGACAAACCAAUCACUGUAUCAUCAUUUAGCUAUAAACCUGUAACAGCAGAUUCUGCUGAUAUUUUCCCAGUGGAUAUCCUUGGUACAGAAUAUUAUGUUUUUACUCCAAUAGGAGGUUAUGGGAUGUCAGAGGUUGCAGUCAUUAACUAUAAUCAGACCAAUGAACUCCUGAUCACAGUUGCAGGUGCUCUCAUGUAUAAUGGAAUAAAUUACAAUUCAGGAGAUAACAUAACCCUGGUGUUAUCAGCAUUCGAAGCCAUUCAGUUACAAAGUACCACUGUCCUAACUGGAACUAGAAUUCAGUCAGAGUAUCGUGUUGCUGUAUUGUCUGGGAGCAGCUGUGACACGUAUAAUGGUACCUGUGAUGAUAUGUUUGAGCAGUUGCUUCCUGUAAAUAAAUGGGGAAAAAAAUUCCUAGUAGCACCCAUAGCUGUUCAAGGUUAUACAGAUAUUGUCACUGUUGUAGCAUCACAAAGAACUGAAAUCAGUUACAGCACUGGAAACUGGAGUAACAGUACAGAACUUCAUCAAGGGCAAAGUACAACAAUCAGUCUGUCUUCAUCUUCCUCCCUGUACCUCACUGCCACAGAACCAGUUAUGGUAAUGUAUACCUUUACAGGUGGGAAUUAUAAUGGUUACACAGCAGAGCAAUUCAUAAUGAACAUCCUUCCAUUUGAAUCAUUUUCCAGUUCCUAUGUUAUCAGCACAGAAAAUAAUUUCAAUAACUACAUUCAGCUGGUUGCUAAAGCAUCAGUGAUUUCUGAAAUUUUGCAGAGCAACAAUAUUCUCUCAAAUGUCAGCAUACAAGGCAAUGUUCCUAUGACUGAUUUUGCUUGGGCAAACAUUGAACUCGGGCAAAGAAACCAAAGCUUCAUUAUAAAACACUGCUCAGCAUUUGCAGUCUAUAUGUAUGGAACCUUGAGCUUUACAGGCUUUGGAACCACUGCACUGGCUAUGAAUGAGUUUCAGACAUGUCAAACAUCUAACAUGACCAUGACAUAUUUGACUGAUGGUUCUGUUCUUGUUACCUGGCCAAAUGGUAUUUGUGUUGACAGCUACCUUCUCCAGAUAUCUAGACCUGAAACUUCUAUUGUAGUAAAAGAGAAAAUGAUGUAUGGGAAUUUUACAGUACUCACCGGACUGCAAGCUUGUUCUGUGUAUAAUUCAACUCUAUGGGCUGUGUUUGAAGGUGAAAAGUGCCUUCCUCAAAUGAAACAGUUUACCUAUUUUGGGCUACAGAGAUGUAAAAGCUUUAAUAUGACAGUAACAUCUAUGGAUAAUGGUGAUGUACUAGUAACAUGGCCGAGGGUUGGCUGUGUUGACAGUUACUUUCUACAGAUUUCUGCCCAUGGUAGUUAUAGUACAUUACAACAACAAAAUACAUAUGGAAAUUCAGCAGUAUUUUAUGGACUGCAACUUUGCUCUGCCUAUAAUCUAACUAUCCAGACUGUGUUCCAAGGUGAAAACUGCCUUCCUCUGACACAGCAAUUUACACAUUCUGGUACGAAGCCGUGUGAAAUAUCUAAUGUGACAUUACAGCUGAACACUGAUGGAUCUAUAUUGGUUAAGUGGACAAACAGUAAUUGUGCUGAAAGCUACCAUGUACAGCUCCUCGAAUCUGGGAGUUCAGAUGUAGUAGAAGAGAAAAUGGUUUAUGGAAAUUCUACAGUAUUCCCUGGACCAUAUGCCCGUUCUGUAUAUAACAUAUCGAUUUUGCCCAUCAUCCCUAAUGAACAAUGCCUUCCACAUGUGGAAAAAUUUUCACAUUCUGUUAUAUGGGUGCGUCUUUAA